AGUCGGCGUGGGGCGGCGGCGGAGGUGCGGUGCGAGGCGUUCCCCGCUCUCCUCCCGGGCCCGGCCGCGGCUCGUCGUCCCCCGGCGGAGCGCUGACAGCGUGGGAGCGGGCCGAGCGUCUGUCCGCGGCGGCUCAGCGCCGGUCAAGCUGCCCCGCGGCCCGCAGCCCUUCGGCCAGGCUAUGCGCUGCAGACGGGCUCCGCUCAAGAAGAAAACGGAGCGGAUCGUGAAGAGGUAGAGGCGCCCGGCGAGGCCCCGCCGGCGGGGAGGCGGCACGGAGCAGCGGCACGGAGCUGCAGCGCGGAGCGGCGGCACGGCUCCGGGGAGCGGCAGCCGAGCCCGGGGCUGAGCGGAGCCACGCGGAGGGGCGGCGUCGGAGUCGGCGUCGGACCCGGACCGUCCCGGCGGCGGACGGGAGUAUGUGAGAGCGCGGCCGCGAUGCUGCGACGCGCGGAGCCGGCGGCCUGGAGCGGAGCGCGGCGGCCCCGCUGGGCGCCCGCCCGCGGAGAGGGGCUGCCGGGCGGCGGCUGUGCGCCGCUGAAGGGCGAGGCGCGGCGGGGCGGCAGCCGCUCGCGGUGGCCCCCCGGGCGGCGGGGCGGGCAGCCCGGCGUGUGGCGGAAGCUGCUGGGCAGCCGCACGCACAGCCACCUGCAGCACUCCUUGCAGCUGCAGCAGCGCUGCCGCGCCGUCCGCCGCUGCCACCGUCCGUACCGGCCGCGGGUGCUGCUCUCCCUGCGGCCCGUCAACUUGCUGGGCCGGCGGGCGCCGGGCAUGCGGGCGCCCCGCAACACCAACCAGUUCCUGAUGCGGGAGAAGUACCAGCUGAUGCACCUGCGCUCGGACUCGGUGGGCACCGAGAGCGGCGGGUCGGACUGCGAGAUGGACCCGCUGGACAUGGACUCGUACCUGGGGGUGCUGGAGAACGCCCGCGGGGCGCUCACGGGCCCCGCCGAGGACGCGCCGCCCCGCCCGGCCGAGCCCCCCCCGGCCGCUCCUCUCCUGGCGCAGGAGGACAGCCAGCAGUACUUCCCUUCCGAGGACGAUGUGCUGGAGAGCGAGCUCUUCAUGGAGAGGGACUUCCUCGAGUUCUGCAGCCGGAUCGCCUGAGCCCGGCGGGGCCGCGGGCGAGCGCUUUAUUUAUUCCUCGGUCGCCUCUCCGCGUUUUUGGCAGGAGGCGGCGGCCGCUUUUAGUACCGCGCGUGUGGACGAACAGCGGGAGCUCCCGCGGCUCUCUUGUAAAUAAUAAAGAAAAAACUUUUCUGCAGGCCA